AAAACAACAAGAAUUAAUAAUGGAAGUGGAAAAAAUAAGCAGCAACAGCAUAGUUACAAAUAAUAAUUACUACAACAAAUUAAAGGCAGAAGAAGAAGACGAAGAUGUUCCACUUCCAGGGUUUCGGUUUCAUCCGACAGAUGAAGAGCUUGUUGGGUUUUACCUUCGAAGGAAAGUUGAGAAAAGACCGAUCGGUUUACAACUUAUCAAACAGAUGGACAUCUACAAAUAUGACCCUUGGGAUCUGCCUCAGGCUAGUAACAAGGGAGAAAAUGAAUGGUACUACUAUUGCAAAAGGGGAAGAAAAUACAAGAACAGUGUAAGACCUAACAGAGUGACGGCGGGUUCUGGAUUUUGGAAGGCAACCGGUAUUGAUAAAUCUAUUUACAGUAAAGGAGAAGUCAUAGGACUAAAGAAAUCAUUGGUAUAUUACAGAGGCAGUGCUGGAAAAGGCACAAAAACUGAGUGGAUGAUGCACGAGUUUCGUCUUCCAAACCUUCAUUCAGCUAACACCAUUGCUCAAGAAGCUGAAGCAUGGACUCUUUGUCGUAUCUUGAAACGAAAUGCUUCAUAUCGAAAAUUUAUACCAGAUUGGAAAGUAGCAGCAGCAACGCCGCAGCCCAAAAUAUGCAGCAGCAAUAUUGAUUCUUCAAAAAGUUCUCAGAUUUACAUCAGUUUUAGCACACCUCAUGUGGUCAAACAGAAUACCUGUAGUGAUCAUGUUGAAAAUAAGCAGCUGUUAAACGUAGGGCAACAAAGCUCAGGAUCUGCAAAUGAUGAAAGUAUGCUAUCGAUCUCUACUGUUGCAACUGCAUCCAAUUCGAAUAGUCCUCUCGACUUUAAUGAGUGGUUAGAGCAUGGGAAUUGGGAUGAACUUAAAUCUAUUUUCGAGCUUUCUUUUGAUCCUUUCUUUUAAUUUUCUACUAUGGUUAAGCUCGACAUGCAUUGUAAUAUACUGAGUUUUCCUUUUCCUGCUGGAUAUAACUUAUAUAACCUCGCAGUAUUUUAAUUUAAGCUCUGAGUG